AUGGAGAGUGGAUUUGCGAAGGACAAAAUUACAGGACCUGAUAAUAAAGGAAUUUAUAAAGGAGACCGGGAGUCCAGUGGGAAAUACACAUUUGCUGCUCACAUGGAUGGAACAUAUAGAUUCUGUUUUAGUAAUAGGAUGUCCACCAUGACUCCAAAGAUAGUAAUGUUCACCAUUGACAUUGGGGAGGCUCCAAAAGGACAAGACAUGGAAACAGAAGCUCAUCAGAACAAGCUAGAAGAAAUGAUUAAUGAGCUGGCAGUGGCGAUGACAGCUGUAAAGCAUGAACAAGAGUACAUGGAAGUCCGGGAGAGGAUACACAGAGCCAUCAAUGAUAACACAAACAGCAGAGUGGUCCUUUGGUCCUUCUUCGAAGCUCUUGUUCUAGUCGCCAUGACAUUGGGACAGAUCUACUACCUGAAGAGAUUUUUUGAAGUCCGGAGGGUUGUUUAAAAGGCCUUUUCCUGUUGAUCCCAAAUUCAUAAUUCACUUGGUUACCAAACACCUUGGUCAGAAUAAUGCUAUUAGUUUCCACAUUUUUUAUUUUCUGAACUGAACACUCAUAACUUUUUUUUUUUUUUUUUGAUUAGUAGGUUUUGGGGAAAACCAUUUUAGUAAAAUUGUGAAAAUCUGACUUUUUAUUGGCCUGUAAGUAUUUGGAUGCUGCCCCACUAUGCAAGUCUUUCUAAGAAUUCAAAAGUAGAAAUGAAAUGUAGGAAUAUAGUCAUCAUUAUGUCUUCUUUUCCUUUGGUUUUCAUAAUAAAAUACAGUUUGUUCAUGAAGGCAGCACAAAGCCUGACAAUAUAAGUGACUGCAUUCUUGGGAGUCCUUUAUCCUGUGGUUCAAAUCACCAUUCAUUCAUUUUUUUGUCAUUACUUGCAACAACAAUCUGAAUCUUGUCAUUUUCUGCCCAGCCCCAUGGCAGAGUGACCUGGCUGAGAAUAUGCUAUCAGGCUGGGUAUUUUUUUAUAUGCUUUAAAGAUGAGACUUGCCCCAACACAUUUUCUCUCUAAGUUUUAUGUUGAACCUUAGGAAUGAAUCACCUCUACUUAAAUUGAUGACACAAGCAGCUAAUACUUGUUGUUUGGUUCCUGCCUAACCUCUGUUAAAGCCCAUUUUCUGGGUGUUUCAGCAAAUGAGCUGUCCUUUCUGUGCUGGCAUAGCCCCCGUCUCCACUCUUGGCACUAGCAAGGAUGCAUUCAUGCAUUUGGAAAGAUCUUGAUUUCUAAUGCUAGAGGGUUAAAGCCUCUUUGUUUUCCUUGCAGUGAUAUACAGCCACUAUUUUAUUUUUGUUCAGUGGCAUCUUUGGCCACUUUAACCAGGGCACUGAAUGUCAGUGUCAGCACUAGGGGUUUUGUUUGCUUUCUCCUGGGUCUUUCUUUUUUGUUUGGCACAUGUCUGUUUUGUUUUAUAUAAAAUGAAAAGACUGUCUUGAUCUCUGAUGAUGGGUUUAAAAUGAAAGGACCUCUGCAUUUGGUGUGGGGAGUGUCCAGGAUUAUGUCAUGACUGAUGUAUAUUAGUUACUUGUACUUUUUUUUUUGGAUCUUGUAAGGGGAAAACUAUAAGUAACAAGUUUUUUAGGAUUAAUUUAAAUUUGUUGCAAGUUUUCAUGUUCAGGACAAUUUUUCAACCUUGGGUGAAAAUACUUGCAACAGUUUAUUGAUAAGGUGAUUCUUUCACCUUAGGACAACUGUUGCAUGCCAAUUGUGUGUGUGUGUGUGAAAACACUUCAGAAUUGAAUUAAAAGAUGUAAAUUUAAAAUUGGUGUGUAUCCAAUAUGCCCCAGGUUCAGUAAAUAAAACAAUUCUUUUUAAAACA